UUUUACCUCUUUGAAAAGCCUAUUGAUAAUACUUAGCAAUUACAUGGCACUUCAUAUCUUUGAUUUCUGUACAAACUUGAAGGUCCAGAUAGCCUUUGCUCAGAGAAGUAGGCUCAUUAACUUCAGAGAGUGAUUACAAUAUGAUUGGUCACUAACUGAUUAAUCCUCUCUUUUUUUAUAAUGAACCAACUUCCUGCUGAAGACCUAUUUCUUUUGAAAUGAGACCAGACAGCAAUAUUUUAUAUUGUAUGUCUCUUUUCUUUUAGACACUGAGUCCCAUCCUCUGGUCUACUGUGAUACCAGUGCGAGAGAGACAAGAAAACUUGCAGAUUUGACCAGGUGGAAAUUCUUCCUGCGUAAGCCAAAUCCCUGGGUAGCCUGGAGGUGGUGUGUCAGUUCUAAGCCAUUCUCCAUGUCUGUCAACCCCUAGCAUAUGGGAUGUAGCUGUAGGGAAAGGGACAUCUCUAUGCUCCAGUUAUUCCUGGUGACCGAAGCAGGCUCCUGGGGGAAUGAGCAGCUGAGUAUAAGACAGACUAGCUCUGAGGCCAGCUGCUGCUGGCCGGCUCCUGAACAGCUCAGCCGAACCCAAAUAGAGAGACUGUCCUACUUUGGACCAAACAAUCUUAAUGAAAAUAUACAUCUCACACCAGGGAGCCAUGUCGCCAACAGCCAUGUGUUGGGGAGCAGAUAUUUGAAGGUCAGUUGUCACAGUAAAUUCGAAGCAUCUUCAUAAGGAAAAUGCUGUCAGAGGAUUUUCUUGUGCGGUGUAUAUUGGACGUCUGAACUACUAUUUGCAAAAUACUUUCUGUCCAGGGAAUUUCUUCAGCAUGGGCCACAAUCAGAAAGAGGGAUGGGGAGAACUUGGUUCUUGUGCAGCUGUGCCAAGGCAGGGGUACAAGGAGCCUUCACCUCUGUCACUACAGAGCUCCUGGUGAUUGAGGAGCAUUUGACAGGGGAGGCGAUGUUAUUUAUUUAACUAACCAGGUAUGAGUAAGUACAUUUUAGAGUCCCCAGAAAAAUGGCAUUGCACAGUGUCAUGCAGGACAGGUGGUGACUUGAAAUGGCUUCAUGAAGUGGAGCCCUGUGCAAGCUCGUCCCUCCUUCAGCCUCAAGUGCGCACGAGCCCCCACUCUCCCUCUCUGCCUCCUUUUUGGGCGCUCGCUCUCCCCCCAGCCAGUGGCUCUCCUUCCCUUGGGGGCUGCGGCAGGGCUCUUUGCUGCUGUGCAUUCCCUGCAGCACGUUGCUAUGGAAACAGUGGAAAAUAACAACAUUCCCCCCCAUCCCCUGGGCCAAAGCUCCUUGAGCAGCAGCGAGAACCAACUGCCCCCGCUUGGGCGUCCUCCUCACUCAGGGGACCGCUGCAUCAGAGCAUCAGACGCACGCCCAGCAGCAGUGCCAGCUGUGCAGCAGUGCCGUGCAGCACCCGGCUGCUCAGUGCUAAUCCUGGGUGGGGAGAGCACCCUGAAUGAGAGGAGAAGUGGGGACCCUCCCCCAGCUCAGGUGUGGACAGUGCCUGGUGGGCAGUGCUGACUGUGUAGCAGCAGCCAGAGGAGUGAGGCAACUGAACAUGAGUAGCCCCAGCACAAAGCCGUCGUGCCUGUCACAACCGAUGGUGAAGAGCGUGCUAGUGUAUCGAAAUGGGGACCCUUUCUUCCCGGGCCGUCGCAUAGUCAUCAGCGAGAAGAAGGUGUCCAACUUUGAGGUCUUCCUGAAAGAGGUGACGGGUGGGGUGAAAGCACCUUUUGGGGCUGUGCGGAACAUCUACACCCCGCGCGGUGGGCAUCGCAUCCGGCAGCUGGAGGAGCUCCAGAGUGGAGAGCACUAUGUGGCUGGCGGGAGGGAGGCCUUCAAGAAACUCAACUAUUUGGACAUAGGAGAAGCAAAGAAAAAGCCUGUAGAAGUCAAUAAUGAGGUCCUCAGCAGAGGAGAGAAGAUGGAGGAUAGCUCAUGGAAACAGGUGAAGCCAGUUACGCACAGUAGAAUCAAUGUGUCUGCACGGUUUCGUAAACCUCUGCAGGAGCCAUGUACUAUUUUUCUGAUUGCUAACGGAGACAUCAUAAAUCCAGCAGUACGUCUCUUCAUCCCAAGGAAAACACUGACUCAAUGGGAACAUGUUCUUGAGAUGGUUACAGAAAAAAUAACUCUCAGAAGUGGAGCUGUGCACAGGCUUUAUACUUUAGAUGGAAAACUGGUUCAGAGUGGGUCAGAUUUGGAGAAUGGGCAAUUUUACAUUGCAGUGGGCAGAGACAAGUUUAAGAAGUUGCCUUAUGGUGAUCUACUCUUUAGCAAGUCUACCAUCAGAAGACCGCAAGGCUCCAAAGCCUCUUCACUGCCUCCUAUUGCAGGAUCCCGAAAAUCUAAAGGGAGUGGGAAUGAUCGACAAUCUAAAUCUACUGUUGGAUCCAGCGACACAGCAGAAAUGGUGUCAUCACCUCAGCCUCCAAAAAGAAAAGAAAAGAAAACACAGAACCAAGAGGAGAGCCAUUCUUCUAAGAAAAACACAAAAGUGAAACAAAAUGUAAGAGUAGCGACCUCAGCUUAUGCUCUCCAAGACAAUGUGUCCAGUUUUUUCUCAAGAUGUGAGCAAUGUCUUCUAGCAGAGACAUCAGUGAACUUUAUUUUAUGGGGAUGGAGAGAUGAAGGUAUUUACAAGGCUGGUGAACGGUCUGAAAUGUUGGGGGCAGCAGAAGUCCAAGAGGAUGAAGACACUCGGGUAGAGGUGCCAGUGGAUCAGAGGCCAGCAGAAACUGUAGAUGAGGAAGAAAAUGACCAACAGGAAGAAGAGAAAGAUGAGGGAAAGGAAACAUAUAGAGAGAUGAAUGGAGAGGAACACUGGGAGGCUGUUAAUGAAAGGAAUGGGCUGAAAGAAAAUGAAGAGGAAGUAAAUGGGCAUUAUGAAGAAGAGCAGGGAGAAGAUGAGGAGGUUGGCUCAAAGGAGGAACAUGAGACAACCUCCUUAAAUGGCAAAACAAAUGCAGAGAAUGGUGAAGCAAUGGAACAGCUUAAUAAUCGCAAUGAAGAGGAAGCACAAAUACAAGAGGAGUUGGACUGUCAAAGCCAGGCUGACUCUCAUCCUGAAAAAACAUCAACAAACCCAAGAGUAACUAUCACCAGCCCACAAGAAAGUGAAAAAAAUGAACAAACCAAUGAAUAUGCUGCUGUGGCAUAGACAUGAAAAAGUAGAUUAGCAGAAAAUGAAGGAUAGUAAUAUUUGAAAUUGAAAGCAUGUUAUUAUCUGUUAUUGAUAAUUUAUAAUGUGAAGAUAUAGUUGAGUACCACCUAUUGAGUCUUGAAAUGGUAUUGCCAUAUAGAAUGACAUAGAUAACAAACAUGAAUGUUUAUUAAAAAGAAGAUUGAAUUAUUUUCUCAAGAUGCGACUUUCAGAUAGAUUUUAGGGGAAAUAUAAAGGGUUUGUUUAGCAAUGCAAUAAAUAAAUGAACUAUUUCUUCUGUGUUAUGAGAUGAUAAAUAGUAAUAGAAUCAACUUUGUGUGGCAUUGUUCCAAUGUGCUCAAAAAAGCAUAAGUUAGACUUCAGCAUUUUUCAACAGAUUUGUCUAGAAAAGAUAAAUAUUUUUGUGACUCUUU